AUGGACAAGCACAGUCCAGGAUCCCGGGUGGAUGCUGGCAGAGCUGAGUCUGAGGAGGAGCUCUGCUCCGUGGGCAGAGUGUCCACCUUGAAGUCAGAGUGUCCCCAGAAGGCAGGGCCCCUUCAGUGCCCGCCUGGCAAGGAGCCCCAUCAGGUCCAGGGUGUUGGCCCCACUGGGCUCACGGAGCUGCCCGGUGAGGGGCUCAGGCUGCGUGCAGACCAGGGCUUCCGCUCCAGGGCCUGGCCUGGGAGCAAAGGCGUGAUUUCCCUCUGGCUCCUCUGGAGCCUCAGGGAGGCCUGGCCUGACGCUGAGCUGGCUGUUCCAAAGUGGGGGGUCCCCACUACUCGCGAGACCCUCCCAUCGCAGCACCGGGGCCCCCCUUUCUCCACAUCACCGUGGAGGGUUCUCUCUGCGGAGAAACCGUUCUCAGGUGGCAGCUGUCCUGGGCUCAGUCCCAACGCCUCGUAG